AUGUCUAGGGAUACGAGAGGAUCAAUUGGGAUCAAGGGUGCAGCGGAGGCCAAGGUCUCUGGUCUACUGAAGAAAUUUACCUAUGAUCGUUUAUUCCAAAUCAAAAGAGAUUAUAACAAUUUACAAGAUACACUUGAAAAUAUAUCAAGAUUCGGUAUCAACAAUAGUGACUUAUAUUUUUUAUUAAACUCUGAAGACAUUCCAGAAGAAAUCAAAGAUGUUGCUGGUCAUCCCUCAAUUGAAGCUGCUGCUAAAAUUAAAACAGAACAAGAUGCUGGUAGUUUCCAACUAAUAAAGACUAAAGCUCGUCCUGCUCCAGAAUCGAAAGAAUCAUCACCAGCUCCAAGACCAAUAAAAAAAUUCAGAGUUGAUGAAAUUAGAAAAAGCAUCUUUGGAACACAAUUACCACCUUUAAAUAAUACCACACCUGUCAAUUUUCCUCCAUCUUUACCACCAAUUAAUGAUGAUAAUAUCUUGAAAGUUAUCUUUACACAUAGUUCAGCUGCUAAUGAUCCUUCUUUUGAUGUCUACGAAAGUAAUGAAAGAUUGGAAUUCUUAGGUGAUUCAGUUUUAAAUCAUAUCAUCAGUGUUCUAAUAUUUGCUAAGUUCCCGCAAUAUAAUGAAGGUGAUCUGACUUUGCUGAGAUCAGAUAUUGUCUGUAAUAAAAAUUUGACUAAUUGGUCAACAUUAUAUGGAUUUGAUAAACAACUUGUUUCCAAUUUCAACUCACAGCAAUUAGAACAAAAUCACAAGAAACUUUAUGCAAAUGUUUUUGAAGCUUAUGUUGGAGGUCUGUAUCAAGAUUCAAGAGGUGAUAUAAAUGCUAUUUUACCUUGGUUAAGUCUUUUAUGUGAACCUAUAAUUGCCAAAGCGGAGAACACAUCAAGUUACAAGCCUUUAGAUCAACCAGAAGGAUCAUAUCCAUCACAAUCAGAACCAAAACCAAAUUAUCAUACAGCUAAUGAUGAAAACUCCAAAUCUUCAAAACAAGAAUUAUACGUUUUAUUGAAUCCAAUCUUUGUUCCACAAUAUGAGGUCGUUAAAAAGGAAAAUGGAGAUCAUAAUCCUUUAUUCACAGUUGCAUGUCUUGUUAAUGGUGAGUUAUUAGGUGUUUCUGAAUCAAGAAGUAUUAAACUUGGUGGUCAAAUGGCUGCUUAUGAUGCUUUGAAUAAUAAUAAGGCUAAAGUGGAAAAAUAUAAAGAUCUUAGAGUUGAAGUUAAAGAAAAGGGUAAACCGGUGCCUCCAAAGAUCACAACGCCUGUCGAGGAGCAAAUUAUUGCACAUCGUUCAAGAUUUGGUCUUUGA